UUACAAAACAAAAACACAAUUCGUUCAUGUCGUUUCCAGGAUCCAGCGGCGUCUUUGUAAACGAGCUCUCGAGGUUUGACUUGCCAUAGACGCUUUGUGCUACCUGGUUGAAAAGCACCGCGCUGACACAGACGAAGAUGGAAAGAAUGAUCAGAGGAAGGGAAACAGCCGCCGCUCGUCCAGUCAGCCCGGAGAGAGAGCGGCGAACCAACGAGCCACCCGACGCACGUGACCUGCUCUCUAUGAACUAGUCCUGCACGUUGGAGCCGUCAUAUCUGCUGUGACUCGCUCCAGCGAGGGCUGCUGUGUGGAAGAUGGGGCUACAGGCGGAGAAGCUGAAGAGAAUGGGCUUCCUGGCUGUUUCUCUGCUCUGCUCUGUGUGCAAAACCCACGGAGAUGAGGUUUCUCACAUAGAGUCUUUCCAAGCCGUGGAGCUAGGAGAGCCAGUUACUAUUACUUGUUGGAUUUCUAAUCCUGGGAGACAGCGAGUCUGGUACAAACUCACCCCAGACAGGAGGCUGCAGACAGUGGCCUCAACAGAUACUCUCUACAACGUGACCACCUUUAAAGCACCUCUCCGUUACGCAGUCAGGUAUGAGCAUCUCACCAGCCACCUCACUAUAACUUCAACCACGUGGGAAGACGCUGGCACAUACUUCUGUGGAGUGAUGAACUUAUAUGACAUUGAGUUUGGAAAAGGAACCUUUCUGUUGAUAAAAGGAGCAAACGUGAACAGUCACUCUGUCGUCCAGCAGCCACAGAGCGAGUCAGUGCUUUUAGGAGGUUCUGUGACUCUCAGCUGUUCUGUUCACGCCAAUCACUGCACAAAGGAACAAACUCGCAUCAUGUGGCUGAAAAGCGCCAACCACAGCGAUGUGGAACUCAUUCACUCCUUUGAAGAUGUGAACAUCUCCUGCCACAGGACUGACAUGAGCUCUGCAAGCUGUGUGCACAACGUUCUCCUGAGGAACCUCGGCGCUGGUGAUGCUGGAACCUACUACUGUGCCGUGAACUCAUGUGGACGGGUCCAGUUUGGAAGCGGGACCAGGGUCAUUGUUUUGUUGAUUAAUGAAGAACUUGCUUUCAAUAAUUUACCUAAUCUGAGUCCAACUGUUGUUGCACUGGUGCUGUCGAACGUUCUUCUGGGGGUGAUGACGCUUCUUCUUCUGUGGUCAUGUUUCAAGAACAAGACGGCUCCAGCAGCAGCCCAACCCAGCGAUGGAUCCUCUGGAGGCUGUGAGACUGAAGUUGUGUAUGCAGCUGUGUGUGCAGCUUCCAGAAGCUCCUCUUGUCAACCAGCUCCUGUCAAACAGGAUGAUGACUCAGCAACUUAUUCAGACAUCAAGCACUGAAUAUUGUACAUAUAUGUUUUGGAUAUUAUUCAUAACUGAUUGCUGACUUGCCGAUAUUGCAGAUAUAUGAACAAACAUAAUGCACAUAACAACAAUAAAAUAAAAUAUUAUAGUGUUCAAUGUCUGAAUACAUA